AUGAUGUUAUAUAAUGGAGAAGUAUUUUAUCUAAACUCUGAUCAGAUAAAAGGUGAUUACUAAUUUAUAAAUCAAGAAUAAAUUAAGGCUUUUGACUCUUAAUUCAGAAAUGAUGGUAUUUAACUAUUUGAAAUUCUAAAUCAUGCCUCUAAUCAAUUUGCUAAGAUUAAAUUAGACAAUGAUUAAGUCACAAUAAAAUGUUAUUUGGAUGAGAUUAUGAGUGUUAUGAGAGAAGUUUUUGAGAAUAGUGAUAUGAGUUUUGCCUUUCUUGAUAAAAUUAAUGAUGUCAUGAUAAUCUACAGAGAUAUCUUUGGAAAAAGGAGUUUGAUUAUUGAUUAUGAUGAAAAAUUGCAAUCUUUGAUGCUUUCAUCCUCAUUACUAGAGGAAUCAACUUCAUGUUUUGAAGUUCCAUCGAACUCAUAUUUGGCAAUAUUGACUGAUGGAACUUUGCUAUUUAAAAGAUUUGAUGAAAUUCCCUCACAGAUCAGAUUUAAAAAGCCAUAUCAAGCAAUUCAAAACUAGAAUUAAGACCUCGAGCAUAUUGAGUAAUUAUAAAAUAUCAAAUAGCUUUUGAUUGAUUCAGUUAAAUAUCGAGUGUAAAAUAUACCAAAUAUUGCAUUUAAGAAAGAAGAGGAAUUUAAAUCAAUUGAUGAAGCGAUUUUUACUGAUGCAGAUAACAGACCAUAGGUAGCUGUGAUGUUUUCAGGAGGAUUAGAUUCAACUUUGAUAGGAGCAUUGCUUGCAGAGGUAACUGAUAGAGAUGUCAUAAUUGACUUGGUUAAUGUGAGUUUUGAUGCUGAGACUUCAGCAGAUAGAAUAACUGCAAUAUUUUCAUAUUUCGAAAUCAAAAGAAUGAUAUGUGCUGACUAUACAAAAGCUGAUAUCUAGAGUAAUGAAACUCUCAUAUAAAGUUUGAUUGCCCCAAAAAACUCUCAUAUGGAUUUCAAUAUUGCAUGUGCCCUUCAUUUUGCAUCAAAGUGUGAAGGGUAUCUAUUCAAUGAUACAUACUUUGAAUCAGAGCAUUUUGAUUCAAUUACUAAGAAAAUUUCCAAAUGUUAGGAUGAUAAGCAGUCUUAAAAUUUAAGUGAACUUAAAAAAACUGAUAGCAAAGCUAAAUCUUAUGACUUCGGACUAAUAUCUUAAGUUGUUUAAAAAGUAGAUCCAAAAUUAUAUAGAUUAGAAGAUCAAUGGAUUAAAUCAUCAAGCAAGGUAGUGUUUUCUGGUUUAGGCGCUGAUGAAGUGUUUGGUGGGUAUGCAAGAUAUAAAACUGCUGUUGAAAGAGGAGGCAUCUAAGAGAUGGAAAAUGAAAUGAGCAUGGACUUAGAUAGAAUCUGGCAUAGAAAUAUGGGAAGAGAUGAUAGAGCUAUUUCUUAUAAUGGGAAGGAAGCAAGAUUUCCAUUCUUAGAUACUUCACUAAUGAGAUAUUUGCGAGAUAAUGUAGAUACCAAGGAUUUAUGUGAUUUUAGUGAUUUUAGAGGAUAGGGCGAUAAAAAGAUGCUCAGAGAGGUUGCUUAUUAAUGUUUUGGAUUUCAUUUUGCCAGUAAAUUUGAAAAGAGAGCAAUUUAAUUUGGUACAAAGAUAGCUAAACAAACAAAUAUUAUGAAGUUUGGGUCAAAUAGGAAAGCUAAUGGAAAAGCUCAAUAUCAAAAGAAAAAUAAAUGA